UACCGGAAGUAGAGUUUUAGGAUGGAGAAGAAAUCAAGAUGAGUAAAAAUCCUUUUAAAACGUAACAAAAGAGCACUUAUGUUUUAAUUUUUGUAUAAAGGACACUAAAAUGUGCGCUGCUGGACACUUAGAUAUCUCCAGAAGAAACCCCCAAGAUGAUUUUGAGCUUAUUCAACGCAUUGGAAGCGGGACCUACGGUGAUGUGUACAAGGCAAGAAACAUCGCCACCAAUGAACUGGCUGCAAUCAAAGUCAUCAAGUUGGAACCAGGAGAUGACUUUGCAGUUAUCCAGCAGGAGAUAGUGAUGAUGAAAGAAUGUAAACAUCCCAAUAUAGUGGCAUAUUGGGGAAGUUACCUGAGGAGAGACAAGCUAUGGAUAUGUAUGGAAUACUGUGGAGGAGGGUCCAUGCAAGAUAUAUAUCAUGUUACUGGUCCCCUGAAUGAGUCCCAGAUAGCCUUUGUGUGUAGAGAAACUCUGAAAGGGUUACACUAUUUACACAAUCGAGGGAAAAUGCAUAGAGACAUCAAGGGUGCUAAUAUUCUGUUGGAUGAUGAUGGAGAUGUGAAGCUAGCUGAUUUUGGCGUGUCUGCACAAAUCACAGCCACAAUCUCCAAAAGAAAAUCUUUCAUAGGCACCCCAUAUUGGAUGGCACCAGAGGUGGCAGCCGUGGAGAGGAAGGGGGGCUACAACCAACAGUGUGAUAUUUGGGCAGUAGGAAUUACUGGGAUCGAAUUUGCUGAACUUCAGCCACCUAUGUUUGAUUUGCAUCCUAUGAGAGCUCUGUAUCUCAUGUCCAAAAGUGGCUUCAAAUCACCCACCUUGAAAGAUAAAAAUAAAUGGUCUCCCACAUUUCAACACUUUAUAAAAGUGUCUCUUACAAAAAAUCCCAAGAAAAGACCCUCAGCUGGAGAGCUUUUACAGCAUCCUUUCCUCCAAGGGGAUUUGACCAAGAGGUUAUCCAAGGAGUUAUUACACAAGUUCCACAAUCCAGCUAAUGCAAUCUACCAGGACCCAGCAUUAGAUGCUGAUGAGGAGAUGUCAUUAGAUGUUCCCAGACGGAUUUCAUCAAAGAAUGACAAGGACAGGGAGAGAGCCAAGUCCCAGUCGGAGACUGACAUUGGCAACUUGAACUUAGAAGCACCCCUAGUGACAGAUAUAAAAGAAGACCAGGGGGCGUCUGGGUAUGAGGUGGUGGAAUCCUGGGGGUUACAGCCAGAAGACAGACAAUCUGAACCUGUAGAUGGAGAGGAAGAGGAACAAGGAGAAAUGGAAGACUGGAGAGAUGAAGAUAACUCUCUGUUAGCAAGUGUCAAUGAGGAAUUACUCCAAAGGGGGCAUCGCAGUAGCUUGAUCUCGCCAGACGAAGAUUUUGACAAUUCUGAAUACACACAGCAGGAGACAUUGCCCAUGGGAGCACCACCAGUGCCACCUAGGCCACAUACAGAAAGAAGCCGAACACAAAGUACAGGCAGUGAGGAGCUAACAGAGAAUGGUGGUCUAGAUGGCAUAGUGGACUACAUGAAGACCUUGACACCUGGGUCUGGACUCCCUGGAGAAGGUGGUGAGGCCCCCCCUGCUCUUCCUCCUAAGACUCGUACUGCCAAUGGUAGUAUUCCCGCAUCCGAGGCCUCCCCGGCCCCACAGGUACCGCCCAGGAGACGGCCUGGAGGAAGACCAUUACCAAAUAGACCAGUGAGCAAUGGCCUUCCACCAACUCCCAAAGUACAUAUGGGCGCAUGUUUUUCAAAAGUUUUCAAUGGAUGUCCUUUGCAGAUCAACUGUUCUGCUAGCUGGGUACACCCAGACACAAGAGAUCAAUACAUCUUUGUUGGUUCCAAUGCAGGAAUGUAUAUGCUCAACUUGAAUGAAAUCCAUGAAGGUUCAAUGGAACUGGAAAGUGCUCCAUUUAUACGUCUUACUAACACUGGGUCUGGGCCACAUACAGAAAGAAGCCGAACACAAAGUACAGGCAGUGAGGAGCUAACAGAGAAUGGUGGUCUAGAUGGCAUAGUGGACUACAUGAAGACCUUGACACCUGGGUCUGGACUCCCUGGAGAAGGUGGUGAGGCCCCCCCUGCUCUUCCUCCUAAGACUCGUACUGCCAAUGGUAGUAUUCCCGCAUCCGAGGCCUCCCCUGCCCCACAGGUACCGCCCAGGAGACGGCCUGGAGGAAGACCAUUACCAAAUAGACCAGUGAGCAAUGGCCUUCCACCAACUCCCAAAGUACAUAUGGGGGCGUGUUUUUCAAAAGUUUUCAAUGGAUGUCCUUUGCAGAUCAACUGUUCUGCUAGCUGGGUACACCCAGACACAAGAGAUCAAUACAUCUUUGUUGGUUCCAAUGCAGGAAUGUAUAUGCUCAACUUGAAUGAAAUCCAUGAAGGUUCAAUGGAACUGGUGCAUGCAAGGAAAUGUACAUGGUUAUAUGUGAUAAAAGAUGUUAUGAUGUCAUUAUCAGGCAAAACUCCUCAGUUAUUUCGCCAUGACUUGGUGAUGCUGGUGGCCAGGCAGUCCCACAGGUUGUCUUUGCCCAUUAACAAAAUACCUGAAAAAUUAGUGCCAAGAAAAUUCAUCCCCACAACCAAAGUCCCCGACACCAAGGGCUGCUCCAGAUGUUGUGUAGGGAGGAAUCCAUACAAUGGGUACAAAUAUCUGUGUGGUGCUCUCCCCAACAGUGUCAUCUUGAUGCAGUGGUAUGAUCCACUUAACAAGUUCAUGCUAUUGAAGCAUUUUGACAGCAGCCUUCCUUCUCCCUUGAAGUGUUUUGAGAUGCUGAUCACACCAGAGCUAGAGUAUCCAAUGGUGUGUGUGGGAGUUAGUAAAGGCACUGAUAGACACCUGCACUUUGACAUCAUCAACAUGAAUUCUUCCUCAAGUUGGUUUACAGAGAAAAACCUGGACAAGGAACACUUGGAUUUGGUCAAUGUAACACAGCUGGAAAAAGAUACUAUAUUGGUGUGUUAUGAAAAUUAUGUGAAGGUUGUGAACAUGAAUGGAAAAUUAAAAUCUAGCAGAAGACAGGCUGCAGAACUUCAUUUUGAUUUCCCAGUUGAAAGCUUAGUGUGUCUACAGGACAGUGUUUUAGCCUUCCACAAGCAUGGCAUGCAGGGCAGAAGUUUCAAGACCAAUGAAGUCACACAAGAAAUAUGUGACAAGUCCAGAAUUUUCAGGGUCCUGGGUUCAGAUAAGGUAAUUUUACUAGAGAGCAGGCCAACCAAUCAACCAGACACCAAUUCAAAUUUGUAUGUCCUAGCUGGCCAUGAGAACACUUACUGAGAGAACUGGAAGAGCCUUUGCACUUGAGUUCAUUUGCUUCUGUGGUUUCUAUGGAAACCUUAAAACAACAUCAAUAACAGACUCCCCUGUUGUACACAGUCAGGAAGAUUCCUCUCCAGUGGUGAAUAACGUAAUGGCCAAAAGCUGACUAUAAUGAGAGAGAAUGGCUUAAUAAAUUGUAUUAGUCAGCAGGUGUUUGUUUUGAGAGACAUGAUUCCCCCCAGAGGCAGGCUUGGGGCAGACAUGGGUGCAAUUUCAUAGUUCUUCUUGAUUGCAGCACUGUUUAAUUAAAUUCAUUAAUAAACAAUGGAAUCACUCAACAGAUGAAGAAUAAUGAGGUUCAGGAGUUGAUAAGAAACUGGAAAUGAUUUUAAUAUGAGUUGCUGGUAACAGUAAGCAGACCAUGUUGACAAGCCUAGUACCACUGUUGCUACUUAUAUCAGAGGGAACACCAGUUUAUUUGAAUGCAUAAAACAUGAGAUGUUGCCCAUGUUUCCAUGUGGUUUCCCAAGCCAAAUUGGACCCGACCCAAGGGAGCCUGUUGGAAUGAACGCUGGGUUUCCCAGAACCAUUUAUAGAAACAAGUGUUCCUGUGUCCAUGCAUAGCACAUGUUGGUCUAAUUCAAUCAAUUGUCCCCAGUGGCGUAUAGAGCCAUUUUACACAGCUUUUCUUAGCUGCAAAAUAAUUAAUUAGUACACCAAGAUCAGAGGUCAGAAUUGAUUUGGCAUUUAUCAUUUAUGUAUGAG